GGUAACAGCCAAACGCAGGGUAAUGAAGAGGGGUUCAGGGCAAGGAGCAGUGGAAAACGGGGAGAAAUGAUGUCAGAGAAAUCGCACACACUGAUUGGAACAGGGGUUCCUAAGGAGAGCCUAUAAAAGCGGGAAAGUCCUCACCAGGAACAAGCAAAGCAAGAGAAGGGGAAACGCAAGAAAUCCUGGGAACUUAGUGCGGGAGUGUGUUCCAUAGUCCUGACUGAAGAUGCUAGGUUGCGGGUGUGUUCUUCUCUCCUGUCUCCUCACUGUAACUCUUCUCCACUGUGGUACAGACAGCCUGCGCAUCACACAGGACACCCCACAGUAUCUGGACUCAGCCGUGAUGGAAGAGUCUAGCGCGAGGGCCCAGUCUGGGGAGGAGAAGUCGGGCAGCAGCCUCACAGCCAAACUGCUCCUGCUGGACCAGCUGGUCCACCUGGAAAACGAUGUCAUUGAGACAAAGAAGAAGAGGAGCUUCAGCGGUGGGAACAUCCCUCUGGACCGCCUGUCUAUCAGCAACAUGGACUUGAAGGGGAAACAGAGGAAGGUGGAGGUGCCAAGGAGGCGAGUGAGCGCUCCCAUUGAUCGGAUCGGAGCGGGCCGGCUUCCCAGCACAAGGGGCUAGGCCACACCCCUUCCUGUCUCCGCCUGCAGGCCCUCCUCCGGCAGACGAAGCACGAGGAAUGACCCCAAGCCCCACCCCCUGUGCACCACUGGCAGGGUGACUUUAGCGGGCAAGUCUAACACAGUGUACAUACCACUGCCACACACACCACCCCAUUUACUAGUAUUUCAGCUCAUCGGCCCAAACCAUACCAUUUUCUCACACUCAUCCUUAUACACCUAACUGUUCUGUCUGUUCUCACCUGUACAACCCUUCCUGUUUCUCACUCUCAUGCUUACACGUACGCUGUCAACCCGUUCUCAUUUGUACAACCUUAUCUGACACUCAGUCCUUUUACAAACACUGUUCACGGUUGACUGAAGGUUGCCUGUACGUGACCUUGACAAUAAAAUUGAUGAUACGAAGGUG